AUGUCGCUACCGUGGAAACUUCAAGAGACUUUUUCGCCAGAAGAAAUCCAGUUUAUAGUAGAAAAUGAACCUAUAAAGAUCUUCCCACGGUUCACCACCAAACAGCCGGUAAGAGGUAACCAGCAGAGCAAUUCAUCGGUCCAAACACGCUGGAAGCUGCUCACGGCGAAAGAUGAGCCGUUGAAUAAUUUGGUAGCGAUCCAGACGACGGAAGUGGCGUUGUGGAUAGCUCUGUUGUUGAAGCAGCAGGGCAAGUGCAGUAUCGUAGCGCCCGGAUGGUUGCGAUUGGCACAAUUACAAAAAUAUAUCGACUACGAGUUGAAGAAUACAGGCCGUUUCAGUGAACUGCCGUGGAAUUGGCUGGUGGUAGCUCAAUUGUUGUUUUCGAAAGCGGCAGACGAUUUGCACGACCCAGUACAUCUGCUGCGGGGCAAAGUGCAGGAUUUACGUGAAAUCCGGCUGAGUAAAAUCGGACAGGGUUUGAAGCAUUUGAACGAGUCGCAUUUGCAAUUGGACAAUUUGAGUCUUUUAGAGAUCAACGAGUUGCGUCCGUUUGUGCUGGGGGUUAUGAAUAAGCUGAAAGACAUUCACAAUAGUAUAUCGGAGGAUCAAGAGGAGGAUUAG